CCAAAUAGUUAGCAAGUAUACACUUUCAGAGAUCUAAAUUUAGAUUCAGAUUAGUAUUACCAGAUGGGUUUCGCUAGUGCUUUAGGAUGGGACAACGGUAUCGUGUUGGCCCCAAUGGGAGCUGAUAUUUCCGGUCCAAAACUUGUUGCAGCUGUGGCCAAUGCUGGAGGCGUUGGUUUAUUGGCUAGCCCUGUUAAUAUGUAUGAUGCGACAUUGAAGGCUAUAAGGGAUACUAAGAAACUCACUAAUAAGCCAUUCGGAGCUGGUAUCUUGUUGGAAUUUGAUCAAACUCAUACUGUCAGGGCAAUUUUCGAAGAGAAACUCGCAUGCAUGCAAGUUUUCUGGGGGGACUAUCCCAAAGAGAUGGUGGAUGAAGCACAUAAAAAUGGAGUCCAGAUCUUGCACCAGGUUGGUUCAAUUGCGGAUGCAGAAAAAGCAAUUGCUGCAGGUGUUGAUUGUAUCAUCGCACAGGGGGUAGAAGCCGGAGGACAUGUCAUCGGCAAUGUCAGUUGGCAUGCUUUGGUUCCAAGAAUCGUCGAUUUAAUCGGUGACAAGAAUAUAACAGUUGUUGCUGCUGGAGCUAUUGCAGACCCCCGUGGUUUUGUGGGUGCCAUAUCACUUGGAGCUAAAGGAAUUUGCAUGGGAACAAGAUUCAUAGCUACCAAAGAGUCGUAUGCACAUGAUUACUACAAGGAACAACUGCUCAAGUAUACUGGAGAUGAUACCGAUUACACAGACCUAUACAGUCGUGAAAGCUGGAGAGCACCAACUCGUGUUCUUAACACCCCUUUCCACCAGAAAUGGAAACCAGCGCCGGAGGAUGUUGAGAAUAAUGCAGAGCAACCUAUAAACUCUAAAAUCUAA